CUGGGGUACUUGUGCUUUGGAAUCGGGCAGACUUGGAUUUUAACCCUUUCCUGCUGGACCUCAGGCCUCCACAACCAUGGCCCUCUUUUCACGCAGCACCAAGAGGAGGUGAAGACCACCAGUUCCUGGACUGAAACAGAGAGAUGGACUCAUCACCUCCUGGCUGGAUGACCUUGAGCCCCUUGCACUGGCACAAGCUGUAUCCCAUUGCCCAGGGAGACCGCCAAUCACCCAUCAAUAUCGUGUCCAGCCAGGCUGUGUACUCACCCAGCCUGCGGCCGCUGGAGCUCUCCUAUGAGGCCUGCACUUCCCUCAGCAUCGCCAACAACGGCCACUCUGUCCAGGUAGACUUCAAUGACAGCGAUGACCGAACUGUGGUGACUGGGGGCCCCCUGGAAGGGCCCUACCGCCUCAAGCAAUUCCACUUCCACUGGGGCAAGAAGCACGGCGUGGGCUCAGAGCACACGGUGGACGGAAAGUCAUUCCCCAGUGAGCUGCACCUCGUUCAUUGGAAUGCCAAGAAGUACAGUACGUUUGGGGAGGCGGCAGCCGCACCCGACGGCCUGGCUGUGGUUGGUGUCUUCCUGGAGACAGGGGACGAGCACCCCAGCAUGAACCGCCUGACAGAUGCACUCUACAUGGUUCGAUUUAAGGGCACCAGGGCCCAGUUCAGCUGCUUCAACCCCAAGUGCCUCCUGCCUGCCAGCUGGCACUACUGGACCUACCCUGGCUCCCUGACGACGCCCCCACUCAGUGAGAGUGUCACCUGGAUUGUGCUCCGGGAGCCCAUCAGUGUCUCUGAGAGGCAGAUGGAGAAGUUUCGGAGUUUGCUUUGCACCUCAGAGGACGAUGAGAGGAUCCACAUGGUGAACAACUUCCGGCCACCACAGCCACUGAAGGGUCGUGUGGUCAAAGCCUCCUUCCAGGCCUGAGCUGCCCGCCUACAGAAGCCGGUCACUAGGGCACCACUUUCCCAAGGGCUUCCAUGUCAGCAGACACCAAACCAUCUGAGGCUCCCCGCCUGGGGGUACUGUGGACCCCACUUCAGCCGGCUUGCUCCUUGGCCACCCUGGAAGCUUCUUGAUGGGACCCUUGAGUCAGGGCACCCUUCAGCUGCCCUGGGGGCAGGAAGAGCAAAGUUAAGCAGGGUCCAAGCCUGGGGCCACCUCUGCUCUCCAAUGCCCAAAGGCCUCCUGGGAACCUCCUUUUGUCUUCCCCACUGGCAGUGGCAGCUGUCUCACCCUGAGCUCACACUGUGAUGGACAAGCCCGAGCUCCCUGGGGGAGGUAGCUGGCAAUGCCAGAAAGACUCAAGCAAUAACCAGAGGUGGGCAGAGCUGCCCUCUCGGCCUUACCUCUUCUGCAGGCCUCCGCCAUGCACCCACCUCACUGCCAGGCCAUUAAAAUCAGCACCCAGCCUGUUGGGGGGGGACAAAGCCUUCUCCCUCCAGUCACCUGCUGCGACAGGCUGGCCCUGGCUUAUGUAGUAUCUCCCCUCACCCCCACCCAGCCACCAAAGCCACUUACAUGACAGUCCAUUCAUAUAUCAGUUAAUAAACUCGUUUAUCCAUGCACCAAGUGUGUAUGCUAUGUCAAGGACUUUGGG